AUGAAAUCCCCCAUACAUCAUCAUCACCACGUCGAGUCAUCAGGCAUUCCAACAGCCAAUGUAAACAUUAGAUCCACCAUCGUCCAAUCCGGUCCAAGCAAGGCCCCAGCCAUCAAUCACCUUGAAAGAUCUGAUAUUGCUGCGAGUGUAUCAAUUCUUGCAAAAAAAGCUAGUAAACCAACCAUAGAAGAUUGGACAGAGGUCAAAAGAUUUAUAAGAUAUCUGAAUGGCACAGACAAAUUGGAUCUGUUUCUAAGCAAUGCAGAAGUAGAUGACGAUGAUUUUUAUGGCUAUGCUACUGAUGCGAAUUGGGCUGGUCAUUGGCCUGCACGUUUUCCUGAUUCAACCCUAUUAGAUUCAUUUCUUAGGAGUAAGGAUACUGUGGAUGAAUUCUUGAAUGACCAUGGGUUCAUCACUAUCAGUGAUGAGACCGUUAGAGCCCGAAGAUUAAUCACCUCAUCAGAUCGCCUAGUUAUAUCAAACAUCAGUCCUACUAUUCCACAUCAUAUCCCCAGCUUCAGACGUCAAGUGUAUAUCACACCAACAGAAGAUCUGGAAAUUCCUGAGUCGAUCGAACUAGCGCGUGAUGAUUCAACUCAUCGCAUUUUUCUAGCCCGCGAUGGUCAAACCUGUUUUAAAUGCAAACAAACAGGUCACAUUGCAUCCGACUGCCCAACCAACCCACCCUCAACCUUUCCCCCUCAACCUCCCCAACUCACAGCCGAACAUUCCACAAUGAGUAAAACAACUACCCCCGACACUAUCUCAACCGAUACUGCUGCUACUGCUUCAACCACCUCAGAUGAGUCCUCUAACCCAACGAAUUCUUUCACUAGCAAACGAACUGUAUCGGAAAUUCUGACAUCAACAUCGGAAGAUGUUCCAACUUCUUCUGUUCCUCGAACUGACAUAUCAAGAACGAAAAAACAAGAACAAGAUGAUGUUUACUUCACAAUUGGACCUGAACAACUGAAAAACAUAAGUAGCAUCUUGAACAAACAACAAUUACCUUGCAUAAUCGACGCAGAACAACUCGAAGAUCUACUUGAAAACGCUUACGGCUCAAAAGAUGCAUUGAGUGUUUCAAAAGAUUACACCAAAGACACUACUGCACUCAUCAAAUUACUAACUGAAAUUGGCGAUUGGCGCAGAAUUGAAAUAACAUCAAUUGGCAACAGUUCGGAUUGGACAGAAUAG